AUGAAGUCUACUCUUAUUCAGGUCCAUGGUUCCAGUGUGCGCUCCACGCGGAAGCCCGAGCCUCCUCUCCCGGACAGGGUGUACGAGAUUCCUGGACUGGAGCCCGUCACCUACACGGGGAAGAUGCACUUUCUGCCUGGUCUGGCGCGGCGAGUCUUCCCGCCCUGGGACCCCGGCUGGACGCACCCGAAGUUCCUCCGCUUGCCCCCGCUUCACGAGCACCCGCUGUACAAGGACCAGGCCUGCUAUAUCUUCCACCAGCGUUGCCACCGCCUCGAGGGUGUAAAGCAGGCCCUCUGGCUUACCAAGACCAAGUUAAUAGAAGGCCUUCCUGAGAAAGUGCUUAGCCUUGCUGACGAUCCAAGGAACCACAUAGAGAACAAGGAUGAACGUCUUCUGAAUGUGAUCUCUCAUGCUUGUCUCUGGCACUCUAAUGAAGACAUCCCCAAGAGAGAGACCUACUGCCCAGUCAUUGUGGACGGUCUGAUACAGCUGUGUAAAUCCCAGAUUCUCAAGCAUCCUUCUCUGGCCAGCCAGAUCUGUGCCCAAAACAACACGUUAUCCACCACCUGGAAUCAAGAGUCUACUCUUAUUCAGGUCCAUGGUUCCAGUGGAGCCCAACUGAAUGCCAAGGAUCCUCUGUCCCCCAUAGCCUCCCGAGAGGAAGUAGAAGCUACUAAGAAUCAUGUUCUUGAGACCUUCUAUCCCAUAUCUCCCACUGUGGGUCUUCAGGAAUGCAAUGUUUAUGAUGUGAACGAUGACACAGGAUUCCGGGAGGGUUAUCCUUACCCCUAUCCCCAUACCCUGUAUUUGCUGGAGUCAGCCAAUUUACGACCACACCGCUUUCAACCAGAUCAGCUGCGGGCCAAGAUGAUCCUGUUUGCCUUUGGCAAUGCCCUGGCUCAGGCUCGGCUCCUCUAUGGGGUACGUAUGUGGAGAAGACCACCGAGCUGCCUGACAUUGUGUUGGUUUCCUGCUUUACACUACUCAAAGGAAAGGGUGCAUGGAGGGAUUUUUUUUUUUGCUUGACUGAGGAGUUUUCGG